CCCGAACCGGUUUCCCACGGGACAGGGUCAUUCCAAAGGACCCCCACAUCGUCAUUCUCAAAGCCAUGUGCUCACCCGCCACACCCUGUGCCACAAAUCACAAUCUAAUCUCAAACGCCACAUGUAUCCUUAGUCAUAGUUUUUUUUUGGGGUCCUUCUGCCCGAUCGGAACCUUGUAAGCCAGCCAGAGAACGACAAAGGAAUGGUCAUCAAGACCACGUGACGUCCCGAGCUCUCCCAGGAAGUUUUGCAAUUGCUCGCUCAGCCCAUCCCCAAUUCGCGCCAUUUCCGACGAAACGACGACGACGACAACCACGAAUUCCAACCCCCAGCCUCGGAACGUGUCAAUCGAUCCUACUCCAAAAUGAAGUACUCGCUCGCCCCCUUCAUCCUCCGCAGGCCGUGGCUCGCCCGCCUCUUCAAGCCCGCCGCUACCUGGUACGUCAACGCCGCCGGUUACCGCCAGCUGGGCCUCAAAUAUGAUGAUCUUCUCGAGGAGGAGAACGAGGUUGCCCAGAAGGCCCUCAAGCGCCUCUCCAAUGUCGAGUCUUACGAGCGCAUUUACCGCAUCCGACGUGCUGUUCAGUGCAGUUACCAGCACAAGCUUCUCCCCAAGGACCAGUGGAUCACCACCGCUAUGGACAAGCCUUACCUCCAGCCCCUGAUGGAGGAGGUCGCCUCUGAGAAGGCCGAGAAGAACGAGCUCGACUCCAUCGCCGUCGUCCGAAAGCACUAAAUCAUUUUUAGAUCUCGGGCUGGGAGAUCAGAAGGGAGAGGUUGAUAGUAGCAGGACGGUGGUUGAGAGGGAAUUGGCGCCUCCUAGAAGAAUGGUGGCCACACCUCAACGGACUAGACAGUUCCCGUGUAUCCUAUGUAUAGACGUCGUCUGACUUGACUUGACUUGACUCAUUUUGCACAGAUCGUCAUGUCCCUAAAAUUCAUUGUACGCAUGUGAAUAUUUUAUAAAACUUGCCUCAUGCACAAUUUUGUAAUUUACAAUGUAUCCGCUG